CGCUCUUUACCUUCCUGCGCCGUACGAUGGAGGCGGGACCGGUCGCGGUCGCGCUGUCGCUGCGCGGGGAGCGCAGCCUAGCCUGCGGCCGGGAGUAGAUCGCCGGAGGUAACGCUCAAGAGCAAGGCCUCGGGUGGGCUUGAGACAGGUUGGCCUAGCUCCCGGGCAAGUCCGCCCUACAGCGCUAUGUAGGCGCAGCGGCGCGUCUGGUGAAGACGCGAUAUACCGAUGGGAGACGGUUCUUCCCGCCGCGCAACUACUCCACCUCCGCAAGAAGCGGGAGAUUUCAAUUUGAAAAAGAAGCAGUUGUAAGCACCUUUUGAGAAGAAACUAUUUUGAUCACUUCACCAAAAUGGUAGUUUUUACCUGCAGUGCAUGUGGAGAGUCUGUGAAGAAAGGGCAAGUUGAAAAACAUGUAAACAUUUGCAGAAACUGCCAGUGCCUUUCUUGCAUGGAUUGUGGCAAAGAUUUCUGGGGUGAUGAUUAUAAGACCCAUGUGAAAUGUAUAAGUGAAGAUCAGAAAUAUGGUGGCAAGGGUUAUGAAGCCAAAAUUAACAAAGGAGAUGUUAAACAACAGGAGUGGAUCCAGAAGAUUCAUGAAGUAAUGAAAAAGCCAAACAUUAGCCCCAAAGUGAGAAACAUCUUAGAGCAAAUGCACACCUAUGAUAAUAUUCCAAGAAAAAAGGUCAAAUUUCAGAAUUGGAUGGUGAACAGCUUGAAUGUUGACAAUAGUGCUCUGCAGGACCAGGUGUGGGAGAUCUUUUCUGAAGCAACGAGCAACGGGCCAAGCAAAAAAGAACUAGAGAAACCAUUGCAGAAAAUAGGAAGCCAGCCUGUAAAAAGUGAAGUAAACCCAUUGUCUACAGAAAAAAAUGAAAUGACAGCUGGUAAACUUGAGAAGAGAGAGAGUAAAAGAGAGCAAAAAGAAGAGAGACAAAAGAAAAAGACAGAGAAAAAAGAAGUGAAAUUGGAAAGCCAACGAGAGAACUCGGAAAAUAAUAAAGGCAAAAAGCCUAAGAAAGAAAAGGAAGGUACUAAGAAUGAAAAUGAGGAAACUUCCAAAAGUAGUAGUGUGGAAAGGAAGAAGAAGAAAAAGCAUGAGAGGAAUAAUACAGCUCAGGUGGAAAUAAAUGGAAAUGGCAAUCAUAAUGAAGAAAAACAAACAAAUAUAAAGAAACAAAAACGUAAACAUCCAGAAGAAGAACCUUACACCACAACCAAAAGAAUGAAAUGUAUAAAAACAUCUGCAAGCAUGGAAACUGAAGAAGAAAUUGGGGAUGCAGAUAAAGGUAAAUUCAACUGGAAGGGAACCAUCAAAGCUGUUCUGAAGCAAGCCCCAAACAAUGAAAUUUCAAUAAAAAAACUAAGAAAAAAGGUUUUAGCCCAAUAUCAUGCAGUAGUUGGUGAACAUCAUAAAUCACAAGAGGAUCUUCUAGUCAUAUUUAAUAAGAAAGUGAACAAUAAUCCAAAAUUCAAGGUUUUAAAGGAAAAAGUUAAACUCAUGAAAUAGAAAAUGAGUGUUUUCAUAAUGCUCAAGUCUUACAAUUGCAGACUGUCCAAAUUCUCCUAUCAUGUAUGCAAACACAGCUUUCACUGACUUCAGUAGACGCUGAGUAUGUAUCACAGCAUAAUUUAGCUGUAAUUCUAUUCCUGGAUUCCCCACUCCUUUUCUUCCCUACACUGAUAUGUACAACUGAAAAUUUGGGAAUGGUUGCAUAUGUUUUCAGAAAUUUUGUUUUUACAGAAAAUAUAUUUUUGGUAGAACUUUUAACAGACAAUGGAAAACUGCUGCCCAUUCUAUUAAAAUCUUUUUCAUGUUACUGAA